AGCAGAUUAGAAGUAAGUGGCUAACUAUGGGGAAAUUGAAAAUCGUAUUGCUCAUUUAGAGGUCCAAAGGCGUAAAUGUUGCUGUCUUUCUCAGAUCGCGCCUUCAUUUGAUUACUUAAUUUUUUUUUGCCAAAAACAAAUUACUAGCAUUAUUAAUUUAAAUAAAACUAGUUUAGUUGUUCCAGACUUCUAUUUGUCUCACAUCGGCGACGUAACCAAAUUGUAACUAUCUCGCCGUUCCACGCCGGAGAGAAAAGAGAAAACCCCCUCUGACCCGUGGUCGCCGGUCGGGUAAAGGCCGAGCAACUUACUAAUCGGAAUCUCACCGGACGCUAGGGCACAUCGCCGCGCUAGGCCUCCGCUUCACAUAUCUAAUCUCUCACUCUAAAUUCAGUCGUCGCCGAUCGUCUCCGUUCACACUUUGCCAGCUGACUCGACGGCAUCAUGAAUUGCGAAGCCUGCCACCUAAAAGAACUUGAAGUGGAGCACUUCGAGAUACGCGAAGUACUCCGAUGCAUCUUCCACACCAUCCUGUUCCACAGAGCUUUAGGUUUGGUACGGCCAAAGGACAUUGAUCUGGAGCUCUUUGACAUUACUUAUGUGCAAUGUGGUGAUGUGGAAGUUGAAAAGAAAAUUGAUGAAAAGAUUGAUCAAUUUAUCGACAAGGUAGAGAAGCAUCCCAAUAAGAAAAAUCAGAUAUGUUUGUCUUUUUAUGAGGUCAAAAACAAACAGGCAACUUGGUUUACUAACAAAGUUGAGCGCCUCUAUUGGGAGCAGUGGUUUGUAAAUCUGAAUGUGGUGCUGCAUCCUAAGACACAGUUUGGGAGGUCUCAUCAUGCGAAAUUAGUUGUUGAUCCAGGAGAAAGUGCCUCUGAGGAGAGGGUGGCUCGCAGGGCAGCGCUAGAAUCGUCUCUCCGUGAGGUGUUAUUUCAGAUUAUAAAAUUUGUAAAUGAGAAGAAGGAUCAUGUUCCGCCAAUACCAAACCUUGAGGGAAUCUCAUUUCCUUAUGAAAUCACUAUUUCAAGGUAAUGGUUUGCAGUAGAUGCAUUUGCCGUAGUAUAUAAGCUUUCCUUUAACUUAUUUGUCUAGGUUGCACCCGGUAACUCCUCUUUAUUUCAUUUUGUUACUAUUAUUGAUUUAAUAUAGUGUCACGAUGUAGAUUUUGUUCUAAGUGAGGUUAAGUUAAUAUGCAUAUACUGAAAUCCUAUGGUAUGAAAAAUUGAGGACCUAUUGGGAUUAAGAACACAGUCAUCCAGGUGCUGUUUUGGCAGGAUUUCAAAACCUCCCCGCAUCGGGUAAAUGUCAGGGUUUCGUGUUACACAGGAGUUGGUAGUCUCUUCUAACUGGUGGUUUACAUGAAGGUCAUGGCUCAUGUGUUCAGUAAUUUAGUUGAGCAUAUAGUUAUAUCCAGAUGUAGGAGUCAUGUAAGGAGUAUAAAUCUUAUUGUCCUUCAAAAAAAUUGUUUGAUUUUUUAGCAGGAGGUGUCUUGAUGUUGAGCCUAUUAUCAUCACCAAAAUGGUUUUGUGGUUGAGAACUAUGUGGUGAUAUGGAUCCCCCAUUUGAUGCAUCCAACUUCGGAGAACACGUGGUUUUGGUUUUGUUAAACUAAUUCAACAUCCUUCUUUCUUUGCUUAACUAAUCGCGCUGGUCUUUGUUAUUCAUGCUUUUAUGCUACUUGUGUUCAUAACAUGUCCAAGAUAUGAAGUACAAAGCUGCUAAGUAAUGUGUUGCCUCGUGUAGUUCGUCAGAUUCUGCAUUCGGAAUGGAGAUGCUUAAGAGGAUGCUCCAUACUGGCCAUCCAUCCAUGCUGAGUUGAUUUGCAAUUAACGCCCUCAGGCUGGCUGUUCAUCUUUACCUUCAGAGGAAGAGCUACUGAUAAAGAUGUGAAUAUCGUUUGCUUACAGUGCUGUACAUUGAAGUAGCUGAUGUUAUAUUCGGAACUUGGCGAUCAUAUCUAAAAGAAAUGAGAGUAUUCUGUACAUAUCCCCUUGUCUAAAUCAUUUUUCAGCAUUAUUUUCUUUGCUCCCUAGUCUCAAUUAUUUCAUCUUCAUGUCAUUGUUAUGAAAUAUGAAGUCAUUGUGUAUGAUAGCAUAUUGCGGUGAAUUUAUCAUAGCUUGAUAACGUUAAAGAUGAGACGCACGCAAUUUAGUGUUGGCUACAAUUGCAAGAUAUCUUUACGGGAAAAAGUCCCAAAAUGAUGGUAAUGUAGCAGUAACAAUGUUUUUGGAGCAGUUGUUGGGGUUUAAGAUUUUCCCGUUCUCAUCAUUAAAUGGUACUGACACUACAGUAAGUUCUUUUAGUAUGGAUUUUUUGGGUUAAAUACUUCUCACUAACUUCAACUCACUUGAGAUUUUUGAAUAAUCUACGCUUCUAAUCUACGCUCCUAAAAGGGGAAAAGGGAUGGAUGUAAGGGAGUGAUGGACCUUCAAUCCUUCAUUAGUCAAUCAAAAGAAAAUGCCUGAAUUUUCAAGUCAAACGUAUUCAGCAAUGAACCCAGUACUAAUUAGAUAGUCC